UCCCUGAAAUAGCUCCCUGCCUCCUCCUCCUCCUCCCCGGUUGCCCUGAUUCCUGCUGCCGCACAGGGGGGAAAAUAACAAAUAAACUCAGCAACAUCCUCGUGGAGUGAGAAAGGAUGGAGCGGCGAGGCAGCCGGGCAGGAGAGUAUCCUCUGGCUCCAGGCGGAGCCCCUAUUUUCUCUCCCACGCCCCCGUUUCGCCCCCGUGUCUGGACAGGCUCCGGCCGUACCUGCGGCCGGGGAUCCCUCGGGGGGCAGCGCCGACCCUUCCGCCCCGGCCCGGGCGAGCGGCCCGAGGGUCCCGGUGCCGGGGAAGGAGAAGGAGAAGGAGGAGGAGGAAGGACCGGCGGACAUUUCGCGGCGGCUCCGCCCGGGGAGGCGGGACGGGCCGGGGCGGCCAUGGCGGAGCGGGGCCGAGGGCAGAGUCCGAGCGCCAUGGAUGACCUGCUGGAUGUGGAGAACAAGCGGAUGACCGACAGCCUGGCCAGCAAGGUCACCAGGCUGAAAUCUGGUUUACUUUCAGCGCUGCAGAACUGGAAAAGUUCAACAAGCCUCCAGGGAAAUGAGAAUCAUUUUCCUUGUCCCUGUCCCAGACAAGCCCCUGUGUGUCUACAGGAGCCAGGAAAGCAGCACGUUGCUCUGCUAACUCUCAUUUUAGUAGUUCUCCGUACAUGACAAGCUCUGAAUUCCCGUUCCCUCCCUUGUC